GCACUAGAAAUAAGCAGUAAAUCUAUGGUUCUCUGGUCAGCAAGUUCUGGCAAUGAAGCCACUGCCGCUGGUGCAAAGAAUUCUGGGAUGUCUGACAGUGAAAUGGAUGGAAAGACCCACAUUCCAUCUCUACUUAAUGUCCUUUUGUCCAGAAGUCGGGUCAUGCACAUGAGCUACUUGAAAAGUAAAGAAAAAGGAUAUGGAAAACUAAGCAGUGAUGAAGACCUGAAAAUAAUUGUUGAUCAAAAGCAGGGAAAAGGCUCUAGGGCGGCAGAUAAGGCUGUUGCCAUGGUGAUGAAGGAGAUACCGAGGGAGGAGUCUGCUGAAGAAAAGCCCCUCCUUACUAUGACAUCACAGCUGGUGAAUGAACAGCAAGAAAGCAGACCCCUCCUGAGUCCCUCCAUCGAUGACUUUCUCUGUGAAACCAAAUCGGAGGCAAUAGCAAGGCCAGUAACGUCCAACACAGCCGUAUUGACCACAGGUUUAGAUCUCCUUGACCUGAGUGAACCCGUCUCUCAAACCCAAACCAAAGCCAAGAAGUUGGAGGCCUCAUCGAAAACCUCAUCCCUCAAGAAAAAGGCUGAUGGGCCUGACCUCAUCAGUGCGGAUGCUGAGCAGAGAGGCCAGGCUCUCCGAAACGCAGAGACGGCAUCCCUAGACUUAGACAUUCAAACACAACUGGAAAAAUGGGAUGAUGUUAAGUUUCAUGGAGAUCGAAAUAACAAGGGACAUCCCAUGGCAGAGAGAAAAUCAAGCUCAUCUAGAACUGGAUCAAAAGAACUUUUAUGGUCCUCAGAGCACAGAUCUCAGCCAGAACUGAGUGGUGGGAAAAGCGCCCUGAACUCUGAGUCGGCUGCAGAGCUGGAAUUGGUGCCUCAAACACAGGCUCGACUGACCAAAGAACAGCGCUGGGGAAGUGCAUUGCUUUCCAGAAACCACUCCUUAGAAGAGGAAUUUGAAAGGGCAAAAGCAGCAGUGGAGUCAGAUACAGAGUUUUGGGAUAAGAUGCAAGCAGAAUGGGAAGAAAUGGCCCGGAGGAACUGGAUAUCGGAGAACCAAGAAGCCCAGAACCAGGUUACAAUCUCAGCUAGCGAGAAGGGAUAUUACUUUCACACUGAAAACCCCUUCAAGGACUGGCCUGGAGCAUUUGAAGAAGGCUUAAAAAGGCUGAAGGAAGGGGACCUGCCAGUUACCAUCUUGUUCAUGGAGGCAGCAAUUCUUCAGGACCCUGGAGAUGCAGAGGCAUGGCAGUUCCUCGGGAUAACCCAGGCAGAGAAUGAAAAUGAACAAGCAGCUAUUGUCGCCCUCCAGAGGUGCUUAGAACUGCAGCCCAACAACUUGAAAGCUUUGAUGGCUUUGGCUGUGAGUUACACUAACACCGGACAUCAGCAGGAUGCCUGUGAAGCUUUAAAGAAUUGGAUUAAGCAAAAUCCAAAGUACAAAUACCUUGUGAAGAGCAAGAAGGGAUCUCCAGGCCUCACCCGGUGGAUGUCUAAGUCUCCCGUUGAUAGCUCUGUUCUGGAAGGAGUGAAGGAAUUAUAUCUCGAAGCUGCCCACCAAAAUGGAGAUAUGAUCGACCCAGACCUACAGACAGGUCUGGGGGUACUGUUCCACCUGAGUGGAGAAUUUAAUAGAGCAAUAGAUGCAUUUAAUGCUGCCUUAACUGUUCGGCCAGAGGACUAUUCAUUAUGGAACCGCCUUGGGGCGACCUUGGCAAACGGAGACCGCAGCGAGGAAGCCGUGGAGGCCUACACACGAGCGCUGGAGAUUCAGCCAGGCUUCAUCCGGUCCAGAUACAAUCUGGGGAUAAGCUGCAUCAACCUGGGCGCCUACAGAGAAGCGGUCAGCAAUUUUCUCACUGCCCUCAGUUUGCAAAGAAAGAGCAGGAAUCAACAGCAAGUUCCUCAUCCUGCAAUCUCUGGGAAUAUCUGGGCUGCCCUCAGAAUUGCCCUUUCUCUGAUGGACCAACCGGAACUCUUUCAGGCAGCUAAUCUCGGUGACCUGGAUGUCCUCCUAAGAGCUUUCAACUUGGAUCCUUGA